AUUUCAAAUAUCUUUAGAGCCUUUGUUUCCUCAACAACUACUCUCUCUUUGCUUCAUUUACUUUCAAACAAGAUUCUUCUAAAACCCUUUACUUCAUUCACUACAAACCUUCUCCUUGAAUACAUAUUAUAACUUUCAUCACUUUAAGAAGUUUAUAAUCAUGGGUGUUAAUGGAACUUUGGAAUACAUAUCUGAUAUGAUGAGCAGUGGCCAUAGGCAUAAGAAGAGGAAGCAGAUGCAGACUGUUGAUCUCAAAGUUAGAAUGGACUGUGAUGGCUGUGAGCUCAAGGUCAAGAAAGCAUUGUCCUCUUUGAGUGGUGUGAAGUCUGUGGAGAUCAACAGGAAGCAGCAGAAGGUGACAGUGAAUGGAUAUGUGGAAGCAAACAAGGUGUUGAAAAAAGCCAAGUCAACAGGAAAGAAGGCAGAGAUAUGGCCGUAUGUGCCCUACAACCUGGUGGCUCAGCCUUACUCUGCACAAGCUUAUGACAAGAAAGCUCCUGCUGGUUAUGUCAGAAAGGUGGAAAACACAGCAGCAAGUGGGACUGUGACAACAUAUGAGGACCCCUACAUGAAUAUGUUCAGUGAUGAAAACCCAAAUGCAUGUUCUGUCAUGUAAACUCUGCUGGCCAGUGCUGAGCAUGUGCCCACGGGCACGCACUAGAAAAACCGUUUCUAUUAUUAUGUGGUUUUGUAUGUUGUAGGGUUUUGAGAGAGGCUUGUAGGUUUGGUGGUGAGAGUGGUUAUGAAAGAUGGUGAUAUAGAACUGUUGUAGGAUGUUUUGGGUAAUUAUGUGACGGUGUGGCUGUGAGAUCAAGGGUUGUUAACUUGUUAUGAUAUAGUAUAUAUUAGUAGUUUUGUUACUUUA